UAGCCUUUUCACACUAUCGAUUCUGACAUCUAAAAAUCUAUAAUUUUUCAGCAAGAAUAUGAGAAGUAUUAUCCUUUCAAGAUGUUUGUUAAUAGUAAUUACUGUACUUUCUCCCGAAGGUGAGGGAUUUGUACAUAUUAGUUUCUCCAAUCCUUAUACAGAUAUCAAAAACCAAAUGGUAAAAGUGAGAGAUAAAGUGACAUCGGUUGUGGCUGAUUUAGUAUUUAAAGCGAAUGGCAUUGAUACAUUGUCUCUGCCGAUUAAAAAAAAACUAACGCUGACCGAUGUAAAUCAAGAACCAGGUUUCAGUUUGACUAAAGAGGAAAUGGUCAAGUUUAAGAUUUGGGAUAAAGGCAUCAUACCGUUUUUCAUCGACGAAUAUUCUUUUGACAAAGUUCUGCGCGAUAGGAUUCGCAUGAUUUUGGACGAAGUGAAUGCUGCUACAGGUGUUCAGUUCAUGGAAAUUCCUAGUCCUCCAAUCGAUGAGAAAGAGAAAUACGUACUGUUCAUUAACCGUAGAGAAGCCCUACGAUGCGUCGAUCACACAACUAAUGAUUUCACAAAUGAGGGAGUACAGAGAGUAGUCCUGGGGUAUGACUGCAUUGAUCUCCAGACCGGAAUGGCAGCUUUGAUCCUCACUCUUUUAGGGGUGCCUCCUCAACACAAUGCACCCAACCGCGAUCACUAUAUUGAAGUUAUCACUAAUAACAUUAUACCAGACAAACUUUCAUAUUUUACAAAACUACAGAAUACAGAUUGGCUUUUUCAUGAUAUAGAAUAUGAUUUUGAAAGUGCUAGCCAUUAUCCAUAUCAUAUGUAUUCGGCACAUGGUGCGUCAACAAUUCGUCCUAAGUGGCACGUAGAUGAAACUAGUCCUGUGGGUGAAAAUAGAGCGCUUAGCAUUAACGAUAUAUUAAAAAUCAAAAUGCUAUAUAGUUAUAUUAUGAAACACUCAAGUGACAAGAUGCAUGCAGCGUGCUCCCAUAUGUUUCAACCGGGAAAUGCCUUCUCGAACCAUCAAGCACAUAAAUUUAAGGUCAUAUCGGCUAGACAAAAACCCAAUAAAUACCUCGGCAACGACCCUUUCCAAAAUUUGAGUGAAAACGAUGGUAAUGAUGACGUGUAUACUUAUUAAGACGGUGAACACGACGAAGAGGAAUCAAAAGACAAUCAUGACAAACACGAUACAGAUUUUCAGAAAAAUAAAUUGAAAGAACGUGUUCUAGAUAAUCGGAUUGAAUUUGCUAACAAAAUAGAAAAUAGGAAACCAACAGACCAAAAUGGCAGAAAUACUGAUAUUAAAAAAAGCCAUUGAUGACACUGAUGUUGAUGAAAGCACUGAAAUAUGUGACUGAAAUGAAUGACGUUGAUUGAAUGAUACUGAAGUGGACAAACAACAGUAAAAUCAAAAUAACGAGUUAAUUUAAGUGAAACGUUGGUAAAAAAUAAAACUUCAAAAAAUGAGUUCAAAAAACCUAACAUUCGCA